AAAUGAAUAAUAUGAACUUGAUGAUUAAAAUGUACAACAACGAGAAAAAAGGGAAAUUACCUGAACAAGCUCAUCCAACAGACGCUGGCUUUGACGUUCAAUACCCCGGAGAAACACCCAUCCAAAUUUCAUCACGACAAACAGUAUUGAUCGAUCUUCAUAUCACUUUCAAGAUUCCAGUAGGAACC